GAAACUCUGGAAUUAAAACCUAGUCUUAAUGAUAAUGUUGAUUUUAAAAACUCUUGGGAUAAUUUUUUAGAAAAUAUUAAAAAUAAAAUUACUGCCAAUAAAUCGACUGCUUUAGCAAGUGGAAAUAACGGUGAUUCCACGCUACGUCACCGACAUUCGGCGUCAAACCAACAAAGAGCCGAUGUUGAUCGGCAUGAUGUUGACGAAUUGUCAAAUUCUGAACUAAAACAACGAGUAAAGACACGAUUACGCUUAAGCAUUGAUGCGAUCUCGGCUUUUAUCAGGAAUCAAUGCAUGCAACAAAAAUUAAAAUUGCAACAACUUAGUCGAAAACAAUUCGUGGCUAUUUCAAUGAUUGCGAUUAUUUUUA